UUGAAGGAUCCAGGAAAUGUGUCCACCAAUGCAUGGAGGUGGCUGAAAGUGAGAGGAGACAUGGCGACAAGAAGGUAUACUUAUUGUGUCUUCUGUCAGCGGGCGAGUGUAGUGAGGAUACUAAGCAAGAGCAUGACUGCGGCUGCAAACCUUCAGACCAACAUAGAUUUUCUGAAAGGAGAACCACACAAACGACAUCCAGGUGUGACCCACCUCAAAACCUUACGCCUGCCUGAGGAUCUCCAGACGGCCGCACGCUCAAUUAUUCACAGGGCUCAGGUGGCACAGCUUCCCGACCGCACUCGCAAUCUGACAAACUUCCUGUGGAGCCGGAAGCGAGCUGUGGAGGAUUCUACCCUGAGGCAGAAAGCUCUGAGUCUUGAGAAGGAACUGUGGAAAAAGGCAGUGGAGAAAGCAGGAAAUGUAGACAAGCAAGUGCUGGUGGACCGCAUCCAGAGGGAAGUUUUCUCUGAGCUCAGGCGCACUAUUUAUCGCUGGACUCCCUUAAAGUACAAUGAGGAGUUAGGCGUGGUCUACAUGGCGGCCCGAAUGGCUGGAGGCUACGCUGCUGUGAGGAGGGCUCUCAAUGAGAUUAAGAAACGGGAUGCCUCCUUUGCUCCUCAGUCUCUCCUGGAUUUUGGGUCAGGGCUGGGAACAGUGGCCUGGGCAUCCCACUCUUUCUGGGCUGACACUUUGAAGGAGAUGGUGUGUGUGGACAGCUCAGGCCCCAUGAACAUUUUGGCAGAACGACUUCUUAAAGGCGAUGAUGAAAACGCGGACACUCGCAUGAAACAUGUCUACUUCAGGCAGUUCCUCCCCAUGUCCCCCAAGGUGCAGUUUGACUUGGUGACGUCCGCCUACACUUUGUCUGAGAUUCCCACCACGAAGGAGCGAGAAGAGGCGGUGUUGACUCUGUGGAGAAAGACCUCCUCCUACCUGUUGUUCGUGGAAAAUGGGACCAAAGAAGGACAUCAGAUCCUCAUGGAGGCCAGAGAUACUUUAUUGCAGAAGAAAGAAAAGACUAUCCACGAUACCAGACCACCAUCAGUGUUUGCUCCGUGCCCCCAUGAAGAGGCAUGUCCAAAACUAGCGCUCACACCGGUGUUACCCUGUAACUUUCACCAGAUGUACAUGCCACUCUACGGGCACAACAGUCAGACUGAGAAGUUCAGCUACCUCAUUCUGACACGAGAGCGCCCCCCAGAGGCAUACAGGAACGGGGAGGUGGAGUGGUCCAGGCUGUUGGCGUCCCCACAGGCCAGGACGAGACAUGUGCACUGUCGCCUAUGCUGUCCCGAUGGACAGCUGAAGCACGUUGUGGUGACCACACGAAAACACAGCAGGGAUGUGUACCGCUGCGCCCGCAGCAGUGAGUGGGGCGACCAGCUUCCUCUCAUUCCAGACGUGGACAACGAAAUGAUCCAAAAUGAAGAAGAGUAACGAUGCAGGACACCUCAGAAAUGACAAUGUAGGAACCAAUAAUAUGUCAAUAAAUGUCCAUUUUACUAAACAAGCUG